AUGACGCUAGAGCCCCCAGCCCUCUGGCAGGCGAACACCAAACGAGAAUUCCAAAGUCAUUUCACUGCUGAGACGCUCCUCCGUGUCUGCCCGCUGAAUCUGAGAGCCGAGCAGCCCGGCGGGUCACCUGCUGGUGGAAAGGCAGAGCACAGUGACGGCUCAUCGGGGUUCACACCGACCACCGGAUUUCCUUUCGGAAUAUCUGGUUCCCGAGCCACCUCCCAGGGCGGGGAUGCGCAAGCCGUGGGGGGCUGUAUUUCCCACCGAGGACUUGCUGAAGGCAGGAGGACCCCCCCCCAGAGAAGCACCGAUGCGCAGCAGCACCGAGCAUGCGACCGCACCACCGCCAGCGGCCCCAGCGACCUCCCGGCACGGUGCGGUGGGGCAGCUGGUGUUGUGAAUCAGGCCGUUGCCACUCAGAGAACGGCUACUUCACAACACCAGGGUCACACCCCACCACAGGCACCGGCCGCCAGGACCCUGCGGCGGCUCAUCCGGGGGCUCGCCCAGGGCCUCUGGAAGCCCAGCUUGCACGCGGCUGUGGCUCUUCCUGUGCGCAGCGUGGACUCCACCGCAAUCAGGUGCCCGGGGCUGUUUGCCCCCCAGCACAAGUGUCCCCCUCCACUGUCGCAGCCAGAAUGCCCUCUUCAGGAUGCAUGCCUGCGUCAUGUGAAUCCCUCCACCCUGCCUGGAACUCCUUCAAGAGUUGGCCUCACUCUGACGACAGAGCCUGGCUUCCUGUGGGCCGGCGCCGCAGCCUGGAGGCCGGGCGCACCCAGCAGGCUGAAUUCUGCCUUUUCAGAACGCUCCUCUCACGCGGCCAUCGUGCAUCCAUUCCUGGGACUCUCCGCUGAGGUAUGGCUCCUUUUCCAAAAUGCGCGCGGCCUCACUGAGAACAGCCUCCCCGUCGUGCUGAACAUCCCAGACCCUCCACUGAAGCACACUGGAUGCCACCUGACUGUGCCACCAGAAAGAAACAAGAGGACACCUGGGUGGCUCAAUCUGUUAAGGGUCCGACUUCGGCUCAGGUCAUGAUCUCGCGGUCUGUGAGUUCGAGCCCCGCGUCGGGCUCUGCGCCGACAGCUUGGAGCCUGGAGCCUG